AUGGUCAAUUCAACUACAACAAAUCGUCGUAAUGCAGUUACAAAUGGACGUCGUACAAAAGCACCAUUACCACAAUCAGCUUAUGCUUAUUUACGUUUUGUUCGUGGUACUCAAACAUGUUCUAGUGGAAUGUGUCCAUUUUGGGAACGACAUGGUCGUUCAUUUGUAUCACUUCGAUGUUAUGCACAAAAAUAUCGAGAAUGUACAUGUCUUCAUCGAAUGUGUUUUAGUUCAUGUAUGUUUUCACGUGAAGUUUGCAAUGAAGAAAUGGUUUCAUGUUUACGACAAAUAUGUCCAAGAUGUAUGCCAGCAUCAGCACAAGGAAUGUGUUCAGUUUAUGAUUCAGUAGCUCAACAAGUUACUGAAGCACUUUCUGUUUUUGCUUGUUAUCCAUGUUGUCCUGUUAUAAUGAAUGGAACCAACCAAAUGACCAAUAGACCAAAUAGUGCGACAGUAACAACAGCUCCACUUACAAAUAGUAUAGGAAUAACAACAUCACCAAUUGGAAAUAAUGGACAAGGAUUUCCUCAAAAUACUGCAAUUAUACAAAAUAAUAGACCUAAUCAAUCAAAUAAUGGAGGUCAAAGUAAUACAAUUGGUUCAGGAAAUAUCUCAAAUUUUCCGGGUGCAAAUCCUGGUAACGGUUUGGCGAACUCUAAUAAUAAUAAUAAUAAUGGUGUCAAUGGAGUUCCACAAGCUCCACCAAUAGUGCGUAAAACAAAAAAACCUGUAGUUACAAUUCGUCGAAAACCAAUUGCAACACGUCGACCUACUACUGUUCGUGGUGGUAACGUCAAAAAUGGUGUUCGUACUCCUGCAAAAGUUCCAAAGCCACAACCAACAAAUAAUCGUAUCAACAAUUAA